AAUUGUAAGAAAAUUACAUCUCAGUGAAACAUUUAGAUUUUGGCUUUAGGGAUUCCCUCCUUCCACCUCGACCGUUGUACUGUUUCGUAUUCUAUAGGAAUUCAAACCCACUCAGCCAUGGCCACUUUCAGAAAGCGAACCCUAUCGGCGGAGUCCGACGCCAUGGCCAACGACGCCACACCUCAGCAGCCCAAGAUCUCCGACUACGAGCUCUCCAGGGAGCAGAGAAUCCGCGAAAACCGUGAGAGAAUGGGGAAGUUGGGAAUAUUCGACCUUUCCCUCAGCCUCAAGCUCCACAACAACAACAAAACCCACCGAACUACUUCUAGAUCCUCAAUCAAAUCCAAAACCCCUCCUACUAUCAAACUCUCCGCCCCCACUCGCCGCUCUUCCAGAUUGCAGAAUUUGACCCCUGUUAGUUACGCUGAAGUUCCUGUCAAGAAAGCCGAGUUUGCGGAACGUGGAAGGGUGGUGAUAGAAGAAGGUGCCAAGCCUGAGGUGUACACUGAUGAACACCUGAAGUUAUUGGGGAACACCGAGAAACCGUGGACGCUCUUCGUUGAUGGUUAUGGUAAAGAUGGAAAGCGAAUCUAUGACUCCGUCCGUGGCAAAACCUGCCAUCAGUGCAGGCAAAAAACACUUGGUUAUCGGACAUGCUGUAGCCAAUGUAACAUGGUCCAGGGGCAGUUCUGUGGAGAUUGCUUGUAUAUGAGAUAUGGGGAGCAUGUACUUGAAGCCUUACAGAACCCAACAUGGCUAUGCCCUGUUUGUCGUGGAAUUUGCAACUGUAGCUUGUGCCGUCAAGCAAAAGGAUGGGCCCCAACUGGCCCUUUAUAUAAAAAGAUAUCGUCAUUGGGUUACACAUCAGUUGCACACUUCCUUGUUCAAACCCGGCGCGCAGAAGUAGAUGUGGAGAAAAAUGCAGAAGUAGAUGUGGAGAAAAAUGCAGAAGCUUCAAAUCCAGUUUCAGUACAAAGGUCGCUACCCUUCUCUGAUGUGGACACCAAGUCUCUUGAGGUCAAUGAUAAUCAUCUGGGAUCAUUGAUGCCUCUAGCUGAAACUGAAGCUGAUGGUGCUGAGGUUUCAACAAAGAGAUUGCUUUUCUCUGAUGAGCAAGAACAGGUUGAAAAGAUUGAGUGUUUAGAUACUCCGACACCUCCCCAGCUUGAAAAACAGGAGUGUUCAGAUACCAUGAAGCCACUCGCUUCUUCCUCCAAACCCAGCUCGGAUAGCAUUGCUGGAAGACUUAGGUCCAGAUCCAAAAAACCAUGAAGAACUUUUUUUUUUCUUUCUUUUUCACCAAGAUAAAGCAUGAAAAAGCAUUACUAUUUAGAUGGCUGGAGUUGGUAAUUUAGCAUGAAAACCUUUUUUUGUAUUAGUAAUGGUAAUAUGUGCUUACAGCACAUAUACGCUAUUAUAAUUUGAAUUUCUAACAUGGUGGUUUCCGAAUACCUCUUAUUAUGCCAAAUGGCCAUAAUUUCUGAUUGGAUAGUA